CUGAUUUUGCAAUGAAUUCAAUAAUUUAAUUUUAUAAAAUGUGGAAGAAACUGCAGAACUCUUUAUUUUAUUAUAUAUUAUUUACACAAGAGGACAAUUAUAAUAUAAGUAUUUCAGAUUAUGUGAAAAUAUGGACUAUACAGUUAACUACAGAAGAAUUUACAUCUUGCCUCAAGGAGAGCAAUCGCAUCCUAAAAAUUGAAACUAAUGAAUUGAUUACAAAUGGGAUAGACAUGCUAUCACAUCCAGAGAGUUUAAAAAGUGUAGAUGUUUCAGAAGUUGGUGAGAAGUUAAGAAUAUCAUUAAGUAAAUCAUUUGGUUAUCCUCUGAAAUUAGCAAUGAUACUAAAAUUGGGGUCCCUUGAACUUUUCUUUCAAAAGGUGACAAAACCAUUAUUGAAAACAAUUCAAGAUCUUCACUGCAGUGAAAAAGAGUUACGCCUUUUGUUGCAAAGCAAAGAUAAGGAAAUAGAGGAAUACAAGGCUGAAGCAGGAGACAUUUGUUUAAGGUAUUUAAAAACUAAAACAUACAAUGAUGUGGCACAUAUGGAGAAACAUACAUUAUAUGAAAACAAUUUUGGUUCCAUAAGUAUACUAGAGAAUUUAUUAGAAAAGUCAGUUGAUAUACCUGAAGAACCAAUCAUAAAACAAGAUACAUAUGUCAAAAUGGAACCCGCAUCACAGGACACACUAGUAGAGGUGAAAACAGAAGUUAUGGAAUUGAAUCAAGAUAAUAUUAAAAUGGAGCCACAUGACAUAUCAACAGUCAAAAAAAGAAAAAGAAAACUUAAUUUAUGAUGGGGAUAGAGUCCAGACUAAGUCCAGAGUAAAUUCUACUAGUCUUCUUAGCGCUGAGAAUGGCUUCCGUAUGUCAAAAACGUAGCUUAGUUACUAGUCCCAAUGAAUUGUCAAUAAAGCAAAGACGUAAUAAAAAUUUAUUUGACAUAAAUUGAUGAUAAUGAUCCAGUUGUGCUGGAAUUAAAAUGUAUAACAUUAUCCUGUUAAUCUAAAUGUUAUCUUUAACAUAACAAAACUGUUUUAUCGGAUACAACGCGUGCAAAAUUUUUGAAUUUAUAUAAAUCGGAGUAACGGCAUUACUAUUAUCUGACAUUGAUAUUAUACAUCACAGGUUUUGACUUUGACGUUGUUAAUUUAUAAGCUAUGGCACGAAAACUAGAUUCGCUCUGUGUUCUAGGUGAAAAUGAAAUUUAUAACAAGUACUGAGUAGUGAUUGUAAUCGUCAUUCAUAUAAGGUGUAUCAAUAUUA